AUGUUCUUCAUCGCCCUCUCAUGCGCCUUUGCCACCGGCUGCAACCUCUCUGUCUACCUGUGCUUCGGAAAGUUCUUAGCAACUUCCUUCCAUGUGCUGGGGCACAUGAAGACGGUGGUGGUGCUCAUCCUGGGGUGGACCGUCUUCAAGGACCCCUUCACUCUCAAGAACUUUAGCGGCAUGCUCAUGGCUAUUGUGGGCAUGCUGCUGUAUAGCUGGGCUGUGGAGAAAGAGAAGGGGGAGAAGGGCGGGAAGGAGGGCAAGGGAGGGAAGGAGGGGUUGCCGCUGCUGCCGGUGCAGAAAGGGGAAGAGGGAGCAGGAGUGGGGAUGGGAUCAAGGGAGGAGGAGAAGGAGGGUGUGGAGUACGGGGGGGUGAUGGGGGAGAAUGGGAGGAGGCCCAGCUCCCCGACAAAGGGGGGAGAGGGUUGUUGUAACAGGACCUUUCAGCUCCUGUGA